UCAUUGAAGUCUGUAACAUCAAAGAAAAUCGAUGUCUACCCGUUUUUUCCCGCUGGAUUAUCUCUCUACGAUGCAUAGAUAGACUAACUUGACAGGACCCCCAUUCACUCCAUCAGCACUGCCGACUACUGAGAGCGAGAGGGAGCGGAAAGGUUAUCAGUAUAAUUACUUAUAAGCCGAACUCCAAUAAUGAUGGUAGGGCGGGCGGGCGGGAAUCAAUAAUGUUGGGAUUGUACGUGCAACUAUAUACGUCAAAGCAUUAAUGCAACUUCUCUUUACUCGCUACAUAUCACUAUUGCGUCUUUCUUUCUUUCCUAACUUUCAAUGGAGGAUCAUUUAUUGCCAUUUGUUUUAAUCUCUUCCAUUGGGGCUUCAUCGUGGGUUGGUUGGCCCUCCUUCUUUGUUCUUGCCUCUUGGUUUCAUUUUAUUACUGGCUAGCCAGGCAGCUGCUAACUGUCCCAUAAUCACGAACCCUUUUCACUUCGAUGCAGGACCAUUGAAGUUGCAUGUGAAACGUUAUUCACCCACUUAAGCUCCGGUACUGCAGCUAGGGAAUUAGCCAGAGACAUGGGUUCCCGUGAAAUAAAGUCACCAGAAGGUCUACCAGAGACACCAGCAGCAUAUGAUGGAGUUUCAAACCCAGUUCAUAGCAAGAAGCUUGGAAUUUACUUCCUCGAGUCCGACAAUAGGAGGAUGGCUUUUGGCCGUGGAUAUACUGGAGGAACUACUCCUGUUAACAUCCAUGGGAAGCCUAUUCCUGACCUCUCAAAGACAGGUGGCUGGAUUGCUGCCUUAUUCAUUUUUGGAAAUGAAAUGGCAGAGAGGAUGGCUUACUUUGGCCUCUCUGUUAACAUGGUGGCCUUCAUGUUCUAUAUUAUGCACCGACCCUUUACCAGUUCAUCCAAUGCAGUGAACAAUUUCUUAGGAAUUUCUCAAGCUUCCUCUGUCCUUGGCGGAUUUCUUGCAGAUGCGUAUCUCGGCCGAUAUUGGACAAUUGCAAUUUUCACAACAAUCUAUCUUGCGGGCUUGACAGGUAUAACCUUGUGUGCAACAAUGAAUAUUUUCAUGCCGGACCAGGGUCAAUGCGAUCAGCUAUCCUUGCUUUUGGGUAACUGCGAGCCAGCGAAAUCAUGGCAGAUGCUCUAUCUUAACACAGUUCUUUAUGUGACUGGAUUUGGAGCUGCAGGUAUAAGGCCGUGUGUUUCUUCAUUCGGAGCCGAUCAGUUCGAUGAAAGAGGUGAAAAUUACAAGUCUCAUCUGGAUAGGUUUUUCAACUUCUUUUAUCUUUCUGUGACUAUUGGAGCAAUAGUGGCCUUCACUUUAGUAGUCUACAUUCAAAUGAAACAUGGAUGGGGAUCUGCCUUUGGUUCGCUGGCCAUAGCUAUGGGCCUGUCAAACAUGUUAUUCUUUGUCGGUACUCCUUUGUAUAGGCAUAGAUUGCCAGGAGGCAGUCCACUAACAAGAGUUGCCCAAGUUCUGGUCGCGGCCUUUCGGAAGAGAAAAGCCUCGUUUUCCAGCAGCGACUUAAUAGGCCUUUAUGAGGUUCCUGGCAAACGUUCUGCUAUAAAGGGUAGUGGAAAGAUAGCACAUACAGAUGACUUCAGAUGUCUGGACAAGGCAGCAUUGCAAUUGAAGGAAGAUGGUGUAGAUUCAAGUCCUUGGAGGCUUUGUACGGUGACUCAAGUAGAGGAAGUCAAGAUACUUAUAAAGCUUGUUCCAAUACCAGCUUGCACAAUAAUGCUCAAUCUAAUCUUAACAGAGUAUCUGACUCUAUCAGUCCAGCAGGCAUAUACUUUGAAUACACAUUUGGGUCAUCUCAAACUUCCAGUAACAAGCAUGCCCGUGUUUCCUUGCCUCAGUAUAUUCCUGAUAUUGUCUCUCUAUUACUCGGUAUUUGUUCCAAUAUUCCGGCGCAUUACGGGCCAUCCUCGUGGUGCUUCUCAGCUUCAAAGAAUAGGAAUCGGUCUGGCAUUUUCAAUUCUUUCUGUUGCCUGGGCAGCCAUUUUUGAGAGGUAUCGGAGAAAGUAUGCUGUAGAACAUGGCUAUGAGUUUAGUUUCUUGACUCCCAUGCCUAACCUGAGUGCGUACUGGUUGUUGAUCCAGUAUUGCCUGAUUGGAAUAGCUGAAGUCUUUUGCAUUGUGGGCUUGCUUGAAUUUCUGUACGAGGAAGCUCCUGAUGCAAUGAAGAGUAUAGGAUCUGCUUAUGCUGCACUAGCAGGUGGAAUUGGCUGCUUUGCAGCAAGUAUAUUAAACAGCAUUGUGAAAUCAGUGACAGGAAACCCAGACAAGAGGCAGCAAUCAUGGUUGUCCCAGAAUAUAAAUACUGGUAGAUUUGAAUAUUUCUACUGGCUGCUUACAGUUCUGAGUGCGAUAAAUUUCUGUGCCUUUCUAUAUUCAGCCCGUAGGUACGAGUACAGGGCAGAGCAGAAAUUUGGGAUUCAGGAAGUUGUAACCAACAAACAAAACACCCCAGCCAGGGGCUAGCAAGCCGUAUAUGAAUUCGAAAUCUAAGAUGGACAAGUACCGCAUUCACAAUUAAAUUUCUCUCUUCUAAUGCAAGAUUUCCCCUUCAUGAAGUUUCCCUUCUAAAACAUAACUUAGAACAAGAUAAAACAUGAAUCACAGCUGCAUUUUCCUGCAUUUAAUCGAAUUGCUGGCAACAUUUGAAUUC